GCAGGCGCAGAAAAUAUUAAGCCCCACAAUGGCGUGUGUUGGGGAGAAACGGAAACCAGUGAUGACACCUCUAGCAGUACUUUGUGAGAACAUGCACCUAGUAAAGAAAGAGAUCAAAGAGGGAGUUGCAAGAAAACAAAGUGCUGAAAAUUUUAAUAUAAAGGAAUUUUGGAGAAAACUUGAGCUGGCUUUUCAGGGAGUUGCAAAGGAGGCGACGAAGUUGUCUCUCGCAUUUUCCAAGCCUCCUAGACCUAAAGAAAUGGAAUGUGCUCAUCUUGUUAGUGGACUUGAAGCUGCUAUGCUGACUGUCGUCUCCACUUUCUACAGUUUGCCAUCCGAGCUUGGAGGCACACUUCGUAAGUGUAUUGGAGAUAAUGUGUUAGAUGCUGUGCAAAGUAUAGAGCUAUUGGCGAGCUCUCUAGAUGAUGGAUUGCCUGUAGAUGGAUCGAAACAACACUUACAACAUAGUCAUCAACUCCAGUCAACCGGAUCAGUGUGGGGUGUUUGCGACUCUGUGAGCCUUCUUCCUCGAGAUAAUAAAGCAGCCGUUUUGGCAAAAAUUAUAUCUGUUAGUGAUUUAGUGAAAGAUGCACUUGCAGAACUUGAAGAGGUAAAAGCAUCAAAAGGGGCUGUUUGUGAUCUAGAAGUCAGCGGCUUGUCAGAUGUUGACAAUGAGGAUGAGGAAACGUUACCUGAUCACGGUUGUGAUGAUGAUGUGGAUGGUUCCAGUAGGCAGUGGGGUGAGGAGGAUGAGCGAAUGGUUGGACCAAUUAUUGGUUUAGUCAAAGUUGCAAAGUCAGUUUUGAAGAAAAUGUCUGCAGCAAUUGAGCGCUAUUGUACAUCGCCUCCUACAUCAUCUGAAAUAUCUGAGCUUGAUUAUGUUUUAUCUACUGUUGACCCUUUCAGUGAGAGAUGUGAUGAACUAGUUUCGGUAAUGUACAUGCCAAUUGACAGAAAAGCUGUUCACCAAAAUGCUGCAGCCUUGUCUGAGGUUCUGCAGAAAACUUUGGCUGUUUUCAAAGGUGUGGCUCUGAGUCAAGAUGAUCAUGCCUGGAUUGAAUUUUUAUCAUCAGCUGUAGAACACAACUUGUCUAAAUUGCGUGCUUGUCAUCUUACUACACAUACUUGAGAGUCAAUUACAGUAUCAGAAACAAGAUGUUGGUUA